CCAUAGAGACAGCGCCGGGGCAAGUGAGAGCCCGACGGGCACUGGGCGACUUUGUGCUUUGCUGAGGAAAAUAAUUAAACACGGGCAAAGGAGAUCCUAUAAAGCUGAGAGGCAAAAUGUCAUCAUAUGCAUUCUUUGUGCAAACUUGCCAGGAGGAGCACAAGAAGAAGCACCCAGAUAUUUCCGUCAACUUUUCAGAGUUUUCUUAGAAGUGUUCAGAGAGGUGGAAGACUAUGUCUGCUAAAGAGAAAGGAAAAUUUGAAGACAUGGCAAAAGCUGACAAGGCCCGUUAUGAAAGAGAAAUGAAAACUUAUAUCCCUCCUAAAGGGGAAACAAAAAAAUUCAAGGAUCUCAAUGCACCCAAGAGGCUUCCUUUGGCCGUUUUCUUGUUUUGUUCUGAGUAUCGCCCAAAAAUCAAAGGAGAGCAUCCUGACGGGUCUAUUGGUGAUGUUGCAAAGAAACUGGGAGAAAUGUGGAACAACACUGCUGCAGAUGAUAAGCAGCCUUACGAAAAGAAGGCUGUCAAGCUGAAGGAGAAAUACAAAAAAGAUAUUGCUGCAUACCGAGCUAAAGGAAAGCCUGAUGUGGCCAAGAAGGGAGUUGUUAAAGCUGAAAAGAGCAAUGAAAAGCAGGAAGAGGAGGAAGAUGAAGAAGAUGAAGAGGACGAGGAAGAAGAGGAAGAUGAAGAAGAUGAAGAUGAAGAAGAAGACGACGAUGAUGAAUAAGUCAGUUCUAGAACAGUUUUUUUCCUUGUCUAUAAAGCA